CCGCCCUCUCGGAUCAAUCCUUCUGGGCAGUUGCAUAAACAUCCUUGGAUCUUAGCGUAGGAGCUCGAAGCAGCUAAAGAGGCUGAGCUACAUAUUGCCAGAGUGAACUUAUUUUGCCAUCCACUAGCUCGGGAGGAUGUCCAGCACCCCAGUAGCUCUGGUGACCGGGGGCAACAAAGGGAUUGGAUUUGCUAUUGUGCGGGAUCUGUGUAAGCAGUUCACUGGGGAUGUGUACCUGACAGCCCGGGAUCCAGGACGGGGUCAGGCUGCGGUGACAAAGCUGCAGGAGGAGGGACUGAACCCACUUUUCCACCAGCUGGACAUCGACAAUCUGCAGAGUAUCCGGACUCUGCGGGACUUCCUGAAGGAGAAAUACGGAGGGCUUAAUGUGCUGGUUAACAACGCAGGGAUUGGUUUCAAAGUUGCUGAUACCACUCCAUUUGCUAUUCAAGCAGAGGUUACAAUGAGAACAAACUUUUUUGCAACAAGGGAUGUCUGCACGGAGUUGCUACCCCUCAUAAAGCCUCAUGGCAGAGUCGUGAAUGUAUCUAGCAUGGCAAGUGUAUCAGCUCUGGCAAGAUGUAGCCAGGACCUGCAGCAGAAGUUUCGUAAUGACACAAUCACUGAGGAGGAGCUAGUGAAACUCAUGACAAAGUUUGUGGAGGAUACCAAGAACGGAGUGCAUGAGAAGGAGGGCUGGCCAAAUACUGCUUACGGUGUGUCCAAAAUUGGAGUCACGGUCUUGUCCAGAAUCCAGGCCCAGAUGUUGAACAAGGAAAGGAAAGCUGAUCGAAUUCUUCUAAAUGCUUGUUGCCCUGGAUGGGUGAGAACUGACAUGGCAGGUCCCAAUGCCACUAAAAGCCCAGAGGAGGGAGCUGAGACUCCAGUUUAUUUAGCCCUUUUAGCUCCUGAUGCUGAUGGGCCUCAUGGGCAUCUGAUUAGUGAAAAGAAAGUGCAAAAGUGGUAAACUUGCCUUGACAAACCUUUAUUUGUAUGUGUGAGAUGCAGUCCAAAAACAAUAUCAGAUAUUAUUGAUUUAUUGUAGGUAUCAAUAAUUAAGCAUCUGUAAAUGUUCUUGCCAUUUCUAGUAUCUUAUUACAGUUUAUAGAAUACACAUAAGGUUUCUGCUAUUGUAAAAUAAUUGCAGUUUAGAAUAGUGCAUUAAUUAAACUGUACCUUAAUUUAGUUUUUAAAAGUAUGGAAAGUGUUGAAAUAAAAAAAGUGUAGUUUAAUAAGC